UCUGGUUUUCUAAAACCACCACUUUCCCAUCUUACCCUUUUAAUUAUUUUCUUUUCCCAUAUAUAGUCACCACAGACCUAAAACCUAAUUUGGUUCAUACAAAAACAAGAAAGCAAAAACCUCACCUUCACUAAAAUAGAAACUUUCCCAUAAUACCUUACAAUUUACAAUUCUUUCUUUUUACCCUUUUUUUUUUCUUUCUUCUUGCUUUUCUUGAAAAACAUCACCAAAUUUAGCAAUGGUAUAGCUAGCUAGGGUUCUUCAUAUUCUGUUUCUUGAAUUGGGUUCUUGAAUAACUUGCAAUCAGAAAUUUAAAAGAGUGAGAAUAAUGGGUAGAGGUAGGGUUGAGCUGAAGCGAAUCGAAAACAAGAUCAGCAGACAAGUGACCUUCUCUAAGAGAAGAAGUGGUCUGCUCAAGAAAGCUCAUGAGAUCUCAGUUCUUUGUGAAGCUGAUGUUGCCCUCAUUGUUUUCUCUACUAAAGGAAAACUCUUUGAAUACUCCACUGAUUCCAGUAUGGAAGCAAUCUUGGAAAGAUAUGAAAGAUGUUCAUAUGCAGAAAGACAAGUUGAUCCAAAUGAAUCUGAUCAACAACAGGGAAAUUGGGGUUUGGAAUAUCCUAAGCUCAUGUCUAAAAUUGAGGUCUUACAAAGAAGUUUAAGGAAUUAUGCAGGAGAAGAUUUGGAUCCAAUGAGUCUAAGAGAACUCCAGCAAUUGGAACAGCAGAUUGACACUGCUCUUAAGCGUGUGCGAUCGAGAAAGAACCAACUUUAUCAUGAAUCUAUUUCCAACCUGCAGAAGAAGGAAAGAUCAUUACAUGAUCAAAAUAACAUGCUAGCCAAACAGCUCAAGGAAAAUGAUAACACAUUAACUGAGUGUGAACAAUGGGAGCAACAAAAUCUCUGUCGGAGCUCAUCGGCCUUCAUGCUGCCACCACCACCACCACAGCAGCCGCCAAUGCUAUUCGUUCCAUCUUUAAAUGUCAGCAACAGAGAAAAUCUACAGACACGGGAAUUCAUGAACGAAACGGAUCAGGAAGCAGUAGUUCAGUCUCAGCCUAAUGCAACACAGAUGCCUCCAUGGAUGCUCAUCAAUCGCGUGCAUCAGUAGAAAACUACAGAGUUUUCAGAUCAGAAACUAACUGGCAAUUUGAAGUUAAGAGUAUCACUUCAUACUUAAUUUCCUGUUGCCAUCAAUGUAAAUGUAUUAACUACACUGGUGAUUCAAUUGCUUUUGUAUAAAGAAGCUUUCCUCA